CCCUGGCCUCAGUGGGAUGAGUAGCUUUGGCACGGUGAAGCGGAAACUCCUGGUGAUGCCAGAGGAAGCCUUGUCCAUCUCUGUGUGGGCUUUGUCCUCACUAUGUUUAGGUAUUCAAGAAAAAUAUAUAAAUAAAUUAAAAAAAAAAUAAAAAGAGAAUCAGGGAGCUGGUUUACAGUGCAGUGGGGAUGCUGACGCAGGAGCUUGUGGCAGAGCAGCCUGAGCACCCUUGAAGACUGAAUUCUUGUUUUGUGACCAGAGGGAGUGGAAGUCAGCUGUACAAAAUGAGGCAAAGUUGCUUUUCCUGAAACUGGACAUGCAGUAUGCUGGCUUAUUGGACUUGAACAGGUGGAAGACGACUUAAGAGGCUGCUGUCCCAGUCAGACCUUUGGACCCACGGUAGGGGACGAAAUGGGGAACACAGCGACCAAGUUCCGUAAGGCUCUCAUCAAUGGAGAUGAACUGCUGGCUUGCCAACUGUAUGAGAGCAACCCACAGUUCAAGGAGGCUCUAGAUCCCAACUCUACAUAUGGAGAGUCCUAUCAGCACAACACUCCACUGCACUAUGCUGCCCGGCACGCCAUGACACGCCUACUCAGGUCUUUUCUCCUAAGCAAAGAUGGCAAUCCUAACAAGCGCAACGUGCACAAUGAGACAUCUCUGCACCUUCUCUGCAUGGGGCCUCAGAUCCUGACUUCAGAGGGAGCUUUGCAUCCCCGCAUCUCAAGGCCAUAUGAAGACGAACAGCGACGAGGGGAAUGCCUUCAGAUCGUGCUAGCAUGGACAGGAGCUAAGCUGGAUCAUGGAGAGUAUGAAAGGGCUGAUGUCAAUGCCACUGACAACAAGAAAAACACUUGCCUACACUAUGCUGCUGCCUCAGGCAUGAAGACUUGUGUUGAGAUGCUGGUGCAGAGAGAAGCGGACUUGUUUGCGGAGAAUGAAAACCGCGAGACUCCAUGUGACUCUGCAGAGAAGCAGCACCACAAGGAGUUGGCCCUGCGCCUGGAGUCGCAGAUGGUCUUCUCUCUUGCCCCUGAGGCAGAGGGUAUUGAGGCAGAAUAUGCAGCCCUAGAUCGAAGAGAGUUGUACGAGGGCCUGCGGCCACAGGAUCUUCGGAAGCUGAAGGACAUGCUGAUAGUGGAGACAGCUGACAUGCUACAAGCCCCUCUUUUCACUGCAGAAGCACUGCUACGUGCCCAUGAUUGGGACCGAGAGAAGCUCUUAGAGGCCUGGAUGGCCAAUGCGGCGGAGUGCUGUCAACGCUCAGGUGUGCAAAUGCCCAACCCACCCCCAAGUGGUUGCAAUGCUUGGGACACCUUACCUUCUCCCCGGACGCCUAGGACCACCCGCUCCUCCAUCACUUCACCAGACCAAAUCAGCCUCAUGCCUGCUGAUGAGGAGUCUUCUCUGUGUGGUAUCUGCAUGUCUUCCCUCUCCGUCUUUGAAGAACCUGUUGACAUGCCCUGUGGCCACGACUUUUGUAGAUCAUGUUGGGAAGGGUUUCUGAAUUUAAAAAUCCAAGAAGGAGAAGCCCACAACAUUUUCUGCCCAGCCUUUGAUUGCUACCAGCUAGUACCAGUGGAAGUCAUAGAGGGUGUGGUCUCCAGAGAGAUGGACAAGCGCUACCUCCAGUUUGACAUCAAGGCAUUUGUAGAAAACAAUCCGGCAAUCCGAUGGUGUCCAGAGGCGGGGUGCGAAAGAGCGGUACGCCUGAACACCCAGGGCCCUGGAACCUCCACCUCAGAUCACCUAAGCUUUCCCCUCCUUCGGGCCCCUGCUGUAGAUUGUGGCAAAGGCCACCUCUUCUGCUGGGAGUGUCAAGGUGAAGCCCACGAGCCCUGUGACUGUGAAACGUGGAAGAUGUGGCUACAGAAAGUCAGUGAGAUGAAGCCUGUGGAAUUGGCUGGUGUGAGCGAAGCUUAUGAGGAUGCAGCCAACUGCUUAUGGUUGCUCAGUAACUCCAAACCCUGCGCCAACUGUAAGUCUCCUAUACAGAAAAACGAGGGCUGCAAUCACAUGCAGUGCGCCAAGUGUAAGUACGAUUUCUGCUGGAUCUGUCUGGAGGAAUGGAAAAAGCAUAGCUCAUCUACAGGGGGCUACUAUCGCUGCACUCGCUAUGAGGUCAUCCAGCAGGUGGAGGAGCAGUCAAAGGAGAUGACUGAAGAGGCUGAGAAAAAACACAAGAGCUUUCAGGAACUCGACCGCUUUAUGCACUACUACACACGCUUCAAGAACCACGAGCACAGCUAUCAGCUAGAGCAGCGUCUGUUAAAAACAGCCAAAGAGAAGAUGGAGCAGCUUAGUCGAGCACUAAGUGGAAGGGAAGGAGGCCCACCUGACACUACAUUCAUUGAAGAUGCAGUCCUAGAACUACUAAAGACUCGCCGCAUCCUCAAGUGCUCUUAUCCUUAUGGCUUCUUUCUGGAGCCCAAAAGCACAAAGAAAGAGAUCUACGAACUUAUGCAGACGGACUUGGAGAUGGUGACUGAGGACUUGGCACAAAAGGUUAACAGACCUUACCUGCGAACACCACGCCACAAGAUCAUCCGUGCGGCUUGUCUGGUACAACAGAAGAGGCAAGAGUUUUUGGCCUCAGUAGCCAGGGGAGUGGCCCCUAAUGACUCACCUGAAGCCCCAAGGCGAAGUUUUGCAGGUGGAACGUGGGACUGGGAGUAUUUAGGCUUUGCAUCACCUGAGGAGUACGCAGAGUUCCAGUACAGACGGCGGCAUAGGCAGAGGCGGCGAGGCGACAUGUCCAGUCUCCGUAGCAACACACCUGACCCUGACGACCUCAGCGACAGCACUUUAGACACACAGGAUGCUGGAAGUGGACGCAGGCAAGGUCCUAUGAUGGGUCUGGGUUCGCUGGAUGACGAUGACCCCAACAUUCUUCUGGCUAUUCAGCUGUCACUCCAGGACUCAGGGAUGGCGGGGAGUGUGUCCAGUCAUGAAGUACUUGCCAACGAAGCCUCACUCGGCGCUAUUGGCACCUCCCUGCCUUCGAGGCUUGAGCAGAGUGCUCCAGGCAUCGAGGUCCCCCCCAGAGCUUCUCUAAGCAGCUCAGAACUGCUGGAGUUGGGAGAUAACUUGGCGAAACUUGGCAACAUCAGCAGCCAGUACUCUGCUGCCACCGGUGUUGCUAUCCCUGUACAGCACGGUGACAGUCAUCAUCGGGCAUACGGUGCUUCUGUGCCCAUACCAGUGGCUCCCGGUGGCAGCAGCUCUUCAACAGGCCUCUUCUCUUCCACCGACACAACAGACUCAACCACAUGUGGCAGCCACGACCCAUCCUCAUCCUCUGCAUUAGCAGCAAACGCUAACCUGCUGGGCAAUAUCAUGGCUUGGUUUCAUGACAUGAAUCCUCAAGGUAUCACUCUGGUACCCCCAACCUCCUGUGACAGCGACUCAGUCCCGGGUUCACUCCAUAGGGGCGAAGGAGAAGACGAUGACAAGGUUGGGGUGGUCGUCUUCCCUGAAAACAGGAAGCCUCAGGAGGUGAUGGCAGAUGUGGGGUUCUGCUCUCAGAGGCUGAGUGAGAUGGAGGAGAAGGAGUGCACUGUCGCUGAGAGACCGACCCAGUUAGAUCUAGUGGGGCUGGACACCAUGCCGCUACCUUACAUGGGAGCCCAUGACGCAAGCGGAGGCCAUGCCGAGCGCAGAGGCUCAAAGGUGUGCCACGUCGACACUCCGCGAUGUGACUCUGUGUCUGAUCAGCUGCCAAGCACCAGCUCAUCUGAGUGGGAAGAUCAAGUGCACUUGGUAUGAUCUCUCUAACUGAGAUGGCAAAGAGCUUUUAGGGAAGGCCAAAAACCACUACAGAUUGCAAAAUGAAUAAAGAGGAGGAGCAUCUGUGCUAGCUAUUCAGGUGGAAUGUAAACACAGUGGGGAAUGUGUCAUACUUGACCGGAAAGUGAGGAAGACACAGAUUCAGAUUUAAGUGCAACAAGAUGUGUUUACUGUAUUGUCAGCCUUCUGCAAAGAAAGUACUAAAUAGAAGAGAUCACAGUUAGUUACCAGUUUCAAGGGUGACUUAUAAAACGAGUCUUGUACUAAUAAAAAUACAAAUAAGUA